AUGAUCGGCGAGCCUUUAAGGCCUUAUAAAGUUAGCUUUUUAUUCAUUUAUGGAGGUUAGAUAUUGAAUAAUUCCAGGUGGCUGUGUUUUAUCUGCUCAGGAACUUGUUCCGGAUGCAUUUUGGCUAUAAAACCGUGCCAAGUCCUCGGCCUUUCGUGAAUGUUGAACACACGAGGUUGAAAAAAACGCUAAAUUUCAAUUAAAAACCGCGCGUACUUCCAGAAUUUUGAUAUUGUUUUACGGUUUGACGUCUUCUGAACGAGACGUGACUUAUGAAGAAGUUCUGAAAGUUGUGCGCUUCAUGGAUAUUCACAUUCGCCGUGGGAUUUACUACGAUUUCGUUUAUUGGUGAGGUUUUUAGUGGGGGAAAAAGGUAAUUUUCGGUUCAGUAUGGAGCGAUUGGCAUAUGGGGAACACAUUUCGAUGCAAGUGGAUGACACGAUUUUCCACGGGCGGCGCGAAUUCGCCGACACGGCUUUGUACGAGACUCCGCUGCCGAAACCGUUGCAGUUUCUCACGGCGAAAAGUUAUCUCGGCAUUUGGCUGAAAAGGGUCAGUUUUUUUGGGAUGGAAAAUGAAUAAAAAAAUUAUAGAUUAAAUGCUCAGAAAAAUUGCUUGAAAUAGGUGUAAUCCGACCAAAAAUCUGUCCUUGAAAUUGUAAAUGACUGAAAAACGGACAAAAGGGCUCGAGGCUUUCGUAAAUUUCGACUAUUCCAUUUUUCAAACGCUCCUCCAGGUUUUUUUCCAAGAAAAAAAUAAAUCGGUAAUACAUCUUACAUUUUCAGUUUACUUUUCUUUCAAAGCUAGUGAAGUAAGAAAUUGAUAAAGUACCGCGAAAAAAAUAUUUCUAUCUCAUUUCUUGCAUGUUUUGCAUCGAAAAACGGAAAAAAAAAAUUUGGUGUAAGUUUAUCACUAAAAAAUUUCAGUUUUUCGAAAAAACGGAGGAAAAAUUUGGAAUUUUGAGGUCCAGCUCUAUUUUUCAGUAGGAGCAAGCUCAAUUUUCGAUUUUCAAGUUGAAAGUUUGCCGAAACUCGGGGGAGAGUCAUAAUUGGAUUUUUAUGGAAUUCUCGUGUAACCCUAUUUGAAAAUUUUGAAAAAAAUUUACACAGCCUCGAAAUUUUUUUCCAAUAUUUUUUUCGAUUUCCAGGCGAUCGCCCAAUGGAACCGGGCCACUCAGGCGCAACAAUUCGAAUAUUCUAUCAAUAUGCACAAAUGGCUCAACGAAUAUUCUGGAAACGUCGAGAUAUCUUUGUAUUCCAAAAAUAUUUUUUCAUUAAAAUCGAGAUUACAACUUUUAGCGACAAUUUCUUGCGCCCUUCUUUCAAAAUGCCCAUUCCGAUCGAGUCGUCAUUCAAGGCCCGUCGCUGGAUUUCUCAACAGAUGCAUUUGCUUCAGGUUUUCUUUGUUACCAGGAUGGAGCGGGCCGGCCCGGGCUUAUUUUGAACGCCAGAGUGGUCCCUAUAGUGUUUAGGGGAAGAAAAAUCAUAUAGGGAAUAAUGAAAGUGGCCACUAUAGGAGUGAAAUUUUUCUAUGAGGGUUACUGGGAAAAAUUUUAGUGGCCUCUAUAGAAGCUCGCCAAAGACUAAUUGGAGAGGACACUAAAGUGGCCACUAAACCCACCUCUAUGAUGGCCACUAUUGUCCGUUUUAGUGGCCACUUGAGUAGUUUUUCAUCCAGUAUUCCUUCCAGUAAUUCUGAUAAUUUUAAAACAAACAGAUUGAACCAGUUCUGUUGAUCCAUUGACCCCUAAAGUGGCCAAUAAAAUUUUUAGUGGUCUAGGAGUAGCAUUUAGACCUCUAUAGUGGCCACUAGUUCUCAACCCCUUAUGUGGCUACUAAUUUGACUACUAUAGUGGCCAUUAAAACGUCAAAACCCUAUAGUGGCCACCUCAAGUGGUUCCUAGAGGGGUUUUUAAACUUUUUCUUCAGACCUUCUAGCGCCCUAAAGUUGCCCCUAUAGGGACCACUCUAGAUUUCUUAAGUUUUGGCUUUUUUUUGCGAAAAUUGGUCAGAAUCCAGAAAAAAUUGUUCAUCAUCAAUCUAAAUUUAACGAAAAUCCUUUUUUACUAAUUGAAUCAUAGUUUCCGUUGAUUUUUGAGUGAAUAAGAGCCGAAAAAAGGUUUUUUGUCGAAAAAAAAAGUCUGAUUUUUGAAGAAAAUUUGCGCUUCUCGGACCAGGGCGGGCUGGCCCUCGCAGAAGCCCGGGCGAAGAUUUCUUGAAAAAUACAAUUGUCUCAGGUCUGCCCAUCCUCGGCGAUUUUCACCUCGGAGAAGCUCGAAUGGAUUUCUAUGAUCAAAGAUCGCCAUCCAGACGUCGAUUCAGUGGUAAUUUGUUGCAAACAUUUAUUUUUCUAGUAAACUUAAAAAAUUUUUGAACGUCAAAAAGGAUCUUCAUGAAAAUUUUUGAACGUUUUUUUAUCACUUUUUCUUGUUUUUUUAAUUUUUCGGAAGAAACCUGAAUUUUUGAUUGAUUUUUUUCGCAAGAUUUUCGAAAGAAUAACCCGAAAUUUCAAAUUUGAGAACCUUUUUUUGCGAAAAUUUUAUGGUUUAAGCUGCUUUUCUGUUUAUUGUACCGAUCAAAAGGUUUGGUAAAUUUGGAAAUUUGGAAAUCUUUAAUUUUUGAAGCCAAGGAAUGUCAAAAAAAAAAAUCGCCUUUUUUUGUAGUUUCGCUUCAAUUUUUCUAUUACCUUUCCGUUUUUCACAUUUUUAGUUCAUCAUUGUUAUUUUUUACCUUUUUCUCGAUUUUCUUCCUAAAUUUAACAUUUUAGUACCUCCUCGAAAUGAUGCUGGCCAUCCAAAGUUACAAUCAAGUGGCCGCCGUCGAAGCUCUCAAGAUUUUCUUCGAUUUUACCGCCCUCAAGUUUGAGAAAAACCUUUUUUCUUCGAUUUCUGAAGUUAUAGAUUCAAUGAAAAUCUGGUCGACGCGACACAAUCGCAUCGUUUGGCCGUCCCUUCCCAUUACCAACUUCGAUUUGGUCCUUUGCUUCAUGGGAAACUUUGUAGGAUCUUCGGGGAAAGGUAAUUCAACACUAAAUUCAUUUAUUGAUUAUAUUUCUCUUUUUUUGAUUACAAAAAGGCAUAAUUCUUGACUAUAAAAAAAUUGUUUUUUUCUUUAUCUGAAAUUUUAAAUGUUUUUUUAAUUUCUAGGUUAUUACUUUUUAUUAAUUUUUUUGGAAUUUCAAAUUGUAAACACAAAUAGCUUAGAGUUUGAUUUUUCAGAAGUGUUCAUUGAGAGAUUUCAAUAAUUUUGGAAUUCCCUGAUUUUUUUCAAGUCACUUUCUUGAAAUUAUGACAAAAACAAAGCGAACUUUUGUGUUUUCCCUCUGUAUGAUGGGAAGUUUUUUUAAUCAAUAGGUUGAUGAAAAUGUUGAGAAAAUUUUUUUGUGAAAAGAAUAAAAAAAUUUUCUCCAAGAGAGUUCUUUUCUCAAACUUUUUUAAGGCAGCUUCUACCUUUUUUGUUGCGGCAAUCAUUUUUCACGUUUUCUUCUGAAAUUUAUCAGUGAAUGGCUCUUUUAAACGGCGGGAGGAAGGUUUUUAAAAACCCUGUCGUUCCGAAAAACGCACCAAAAGAUUUUUCGAGCAGUUGUUCAGCUUUUUUUUUCCAAUUUUUAUUACCCUUUUUGAGCUUUGAGAAGUUUCAAAUGUCUUCCAUGGACCUUUCUUAAUUUGCUUCGUUUUUUUAUUCGGAAUAUUUUUUUCAAAUUCACUUGAUUUUUUUAUGAUUUAGACGAAUGGCUUCGCUACCAGCCGAUUUCCGAAUUAUUGCAAAAAAACUGAAACAGGAUUAGCCAUUAGAAAUGAACCUUCAUAGACAAUUUUUCAUUUUUCUCUUUACCUUUUUUAUGAAUUAUUUAGACGGAUGGCUGCCCAUUUGCUGGCGGAAAGUAUCCAACAGGCCCAACUCAGUUCCGAUAGUGUCUGUAAUCGGAUGGCCAAUGUCGAAGUGACGGCCGUGGAGGUGCUUGGAAAUGAUCCGUUGCUCAAUUUCGCGCCACCCAUCGCAGAGGAAAAUCAGACAGGUUUCUCCUGAAAAAGUUGGGGUUUUCCGGAAACUUGAUUUGACAAACUUUUCUCGGAAACGACAUAUUGGGAAAUAUUUUGUUUUUCCAAAAAGCUAUUUUUUUCAUUCAAAUAGAUUAUUUAUCAUUUGAAACACAUUCUUUUUCCAACCACUAAAUCCACAAAACUCGACUCAAAUCACCGCGCCCCUAUUGCAAAAAAACCGUGCCGCUGUUGCAUUAAGCCACGCCCACUGAACACAGCUGCCGCCCGCGGCUUUUGGCGGGGAAUUCAAACUUGAUCCAAAAAAAAAUACUUGAAAACCUGUCAAAAAGCUUGAAAAUUACAUAGCAAUCAAGAAACCCACGCUCAUUUCUAGUUGGUCAACCUCACUUACUCAUAAAAAAAAAAGAAAAAUAUAAAUUCCAGAAGAGGAAGCAGAACAGGUGGAUCGAAGAAUGAUGCAGUCGAAUUUGGACAAAGGACAUGAGUUCGUUUUUUUCUUUUUUUCAAUUCAAUCAAUAAUUCUAAGGAAAAAGCUUCUUUCAAUGUACUUUAGGAAUCAUAGUUUUAACAGAAACAGAAUUUUCCAAAAAAAUCAAUAUUUUGGAGACUUUUUUUCAAAGAACUUUUUAGGAGCUUUCAGAAUUUUUAAAAAGCUUUCAGAACUUUCAAAAACUUCAGAAUUCAGAAUUCCAGAAAAAAAGGAGCUUUCAGAAUUUUAAAAAGCUUUCAGAACUUUCAAAACUUCAGAAUUCCAGAAUUUAUUUUUUUGUUUCCUGAUUCAUUUAUUUUUUUCGUUGAAAAAGUUCGACUUGGAGACUAUUUUCACGAUUUUUUUAUGGUAACUUUUCUAUUGGAUUUCAAGCAAAAAAAUGGCUUAAAACGGGUAUUUUUUUCGACAAUUUUUCUAUAGAGUUUACUAUAUUUCAGAUGAUUUAUUUUUUGAUUUUUCGGGGCAAUUUUUGGAAUUUCAAGCUUUCUAUCAUCAUUGAAAAAAAAAAAACGAUACUUUCAUUAAUUUCCCUUGAAUUUUAAGAGAAGAAGCUGAACCGGAAAAUAUGCCUGAUGAUGCCGGGGAAACGUUGGAACUUUACAGAAAUGUUCUCGCCUCGGCCAAACUUCUUUCUGUGGUCAGCGACAUGGCCAAAUGCCGUCCUACUAGGUCUUUUUUUCUUUUCCUUUUUUGGGUCUAUAAUUUAUUAAAGUUUUCCUUAAAAAUUCUUUGUCAAAUAUUCGAAAAAUCCAUUUUUUUUUAAACUCUCACAGAAGAAAAACAGAAUUGUCGGCCUUUUUCAAAGGGAUCACCAUACAAAAAAUAAUAAAACUUUCACUAAAGUGGUCCCUUAAACCUAUUUAAUCGUCGCUUGAAGAAUUACGCCAGUUUUGAGCUUAUUUCACUUGAUUUGGUUGGCCUUUUUCUAAGGGAUCACUAACGAAAAAAGAUAAAAACCCCCACUUAAGUGGUCCCUUAGACCCUUUUAAUAAAACGAAUUUUGAACUUAUUUUUUUAGUUUUUCCUCAGGGUGUUUUUUUCAAUAAGGUGGUCCCUCUAGGGGAAGCUUAAGUGGUCCCUUUAGAGGUUCAGGAGGGGGUGGUGAACUUUUUAUUGAGAUUGGAAAAUUGAAAAUAGAAACUUGAUCGAUUCAUCCUCUGUUGUCGACUAUUAUGCUCCUAUCAGGGCCACUUUUUCAACCUUUAGUGGCCCCUAUAGGGAUAGUCCAAGUGGUUCCUAUAGGGGAACUUUUGAGUGAUCAUUCUGGAGCUUCUGAGCUUGUCGUACCACCCAUUUUUUCAUAUCAUCAUUUCUUGACAAUAUUUUUUGCAGCAGUACAAUCGAAAUGAUGCAACUACCUCUCCGAGCUUGUACGACGACUGAUAAAGGAUCGAAAGCUCGAAUCGUAGAGAAUACGGCGAUUGCCAUCGCUUCCAGUAAUUGGUUUAUUUGAUUCGAAAAAAAAAGAAAAAAAUUAUCUAUUUUCAGUCUUCGAAACGGGUUAUUCAAAGUGGCUGAGGAAAUUUCGGAAUACAUGUUGAAUUCCAAUGUUUCUGAUGGGGCGGCUCCUUGCCACGAAACUGAAUCUCAGGUUGUUCUUUCCCUCAAUUCUUCAGAAAGUUAGGUUUUUACGAUGUUGAUGGUUUUUCUAAUUGUAGGCUGAAUAUCAGGUUUUUUCGUCUUUUAUUUUUUGAAAAGUUUGGAUUUGACGGUUGUUAGGGACUUUUUUGAAAAGUUCUAGACUGAAUCUCAGGUUUUAUAUUACCUUUUAUGUCUUAUAGAAAGUUAGGAUUUCAAGUUUUAUACCAAAAAAUUACGAUUUUGGCGGUUUUUUUUUUCAGAACUUUCUAGACUGAGUAUUAGGAUUUUUCUGUUGUUUUCUCUCGAAAUUCGUGAAAAAAUGGGAUUUUUGGAAAAUAUUUUUCAGGCUGUCGCUGGUGUUAAUUGCGCCUAUGCUUUGGCUUCACGUGGCGAACAUUCCUUGGCUUUGGAUGUGACCAAAAGAUUGGAAAAAAACGAUUUUCUAGUGACAUUAAUUGGCAGGUAUCCAUUGAUAUAUUUGACUAAAAGUCGUGAAAAAAAUACCAAAAAAAUGUCUUUUUUUAAAGCAACAACCGAAAUUCGGUUUGUGGACCAUGAGAAAAAAAUAAAAUUCAGCUAAAAGGACAAAUUUAAAUUAUAAGUUGAAGGUUUUUGACGCAUUCCAUGUAUUUUAUAAAAUUUUCGGAUUCGAUUUCAUCCGUAAAGCGGGGUUUCUUCAUUCGAAAUGGCUACAUGGGUUGGUGCGACCGACCAAAAACGACUUUCGCGCGACUUCAGCGAAAAUCAUGAGAGCAAUCAAAUUAAUAUAAAGUCGACUAGAGAGUCAAUCCGAAACGCAACGCGACCGCGACGCUUUAAGCCAUUCCAAGUGCGACCAUAGAUAUUUUUAAAAAGCGGAAAACAUAGGUUUAGGUAAUUUAUGUGUCUGCGUACCCUAAAAUUACUUACUAUUUUUUUAAUCGCUUGAAAAAAAUAGCUGACUCCAGGCCGCCCAACACGUCCGAAUUUGCAAGCUUUUGAUAGAAUUCGAGCAGAAUUUAUUGAAUGAUGACGCCGUUAAUUGUGAAUUUUCCCUGCAAGAACUCGCCCCGAUUGUUCCGACUGAAGCUCUUUUGAGGUUUCCUUUUUUUUAAAGGGAAAUUAAGGAUUUUUCUUUUAGAAAAGCCCUGCUGAUGGGUCUGAAGGGAGAAACCCGGAAAGGGCUCAAUUUGUUGCAAAAAUACAGCGGUCGGGAUCCGAUGGUCUUGGCGAGGUGA